GCUUUUUCUUUGAUUUUCUUGGGAAAGAUUUUCUUCAGAGAGAAAAAAAAGAAAAAAGGAAAAAAUGGCUUCGGCUCUGGUGGGUAAGCUGGAGACAGAUGUAGAGAUCAAAGCCUCAGCUCAAAAGUUUCAUACUAUUUUCAAGCACAGGCCACACCACAUCUCCAACGUCUCCGCUGACAAAAUCCAGGGUUGUGACUUACAUGAAGGUGAAUGGGGGAAGGUGGGCUCUGUCAUCAUAUGGAAAUAUUUCCAUGAUGGGAAAGACAGAAUUGCUAAAGAGGUAGUGGAAGCAGUAGACGAGGAGAACAAUCUGAUAACAUUCCGAGUGAUAGAAGGAGACCUGAUGGAGCACUACAAGACCUUCAAACUAACAGUCCACUGUCUCCCAAAAGAAAAGGGAAGCGUGGUGCACUGGACCAUUGAAUAUGAGAAGCUUCAUAACGAGAUCAUUGACCCACACACCCUCGUUGAGUUUGUUGUUGCAGUUUCCAAAGAUCUCGAAACUCACCUUCUGGAGGAAGACGAAACUACACAAGCCAAUUGAUCCAUCCAUCAAUCAAUCUCCCAAUCAUAUGGUGUGUGUAUGCUGUAUCGCUUAAUAGUUAUAUAUAUAUAUAUAUAUAUAUGUGCAGAGCUACUGUAAUAAGAAAGUUUGGGAGCAUUUGUGUGUGUGGUGAAAGGUGAUGACCAGUAAUCAAUGUUUACUUUAAUUAAUUAUUAAAGAUGAAAGUGGUGUUUAUGAAUGGUGGAUAACCUGUUUCUUAGCCUAGCUUGUAAUUGCAAGAAACUGUUAUCCUCUUAUGGGUAAUGUAUGAAUCUUAAUAUAUUAAUUAAAUCAUGGGUUUUUGAGCUUCCAA